AUGACCUACGCAUGCAAACUCCGGGGGGUUAGGGGCCUGAAAAACUUUGUGCAGACAAACCGUUCAAGUCGCUGCUACAAAUGCCACCGCCUAGGUCACUUGGCUCGCGACUGCUACUCUCGUCAAAUCCGUUGUUAUCAAUGCAAUAAGGUUGGUCAUAUCGCCCGUUAUUGUUACUCUGUAGCGAGUCGCUGUUACCUGUGCAACCAGCUUGGUCAUAUUGCCCGCCACUGUGACAAAGACAUCGAGAACGGGGCGUGUUACAACUGCGGUUGUCAAGGUCACAUCCAACGGAACUGCCCUUCCACUGAUACCCGAACUUGUUAUCGGUGCGGGAAACGUGGCCACAUUGCUCUAGCAUGUCCUGUGUCUCGGAAGUCUUCUGAUACAGUGGAAGUGAUUCCACUACCGGCACCCUCACAGCACGUUAAAGAUUUGGCAGCCGAGUCCGUUGUAAACGUCUCGAAAGCUGAAAACUUCGCCGAUAUGAAAACUCAAGACAAAAUAUUUCGCGAGGAUGAAACUAUAAUCUCGGAGGCCACCGUUUUGGACAAACCGCUGGAUACUUCCAGCCGUAAUGAAGUCGAAGAAAUUGACCCCGGCCAGGAGAUCUUAUCGCAAGACGUUCUUUAUGCUCAGGACGCAACUUCUUCAGACCUUAACGGCAUUAUAGAAUCUGGAGCUCAGAAAUCCUUAAGAGAUGACAACGAACCCGCUUCCUCAAAGACUGUCUCAGACUCUGACGGCGACAAAAAUGAAAGGGAUUCUCACGAGGUCAGUGAUGAACAGAACCCUGUCAAUCAGCUCUUGGCCCUCUGCAGAGUGGCACUUGGUGAUGGAACCAAAGAGCCGGAAAUUAAUUUUGAAAACGUCAAUGAUAUCCAAACUAAUGAUUCUUCAACUGACGCAAACAAUAACCAGCCCGAGACUAACCAAAAUAGUGAUAUUUCUGUCGUUCCGACUUUGAAAAUAUCCGCAGAUAAUUCACCUCUGCAAACACUUAAAACGUCGUCGGUUACUAACGACUUCAACAGCCUAACUAUAAAAUCAGUUUUAACCCCAGGAAGUAGUAACGGCCACUCCAGUCUUGGCAGUAGCCCGGCUGGUCAGACUAGCAAAUCCACAGAUUUAGAAAGUACUUUAUCGACGAGUUCCUUCUGGAGCGACAAGCCUACUGACCACGACGGCGACAUUUCUGGUGACAGCUUGGAUAGUAUAAGGACUGCAGCGGAGGCCCUUUCACCACCUGAUCAGUUAGUAGACGUGAUCACUACCGCCUCUUCUAGUGUGUUAGCUAUCACCGAGGCCCCUAAAGAGAAUGAAGAAACGCAAGCCGGUGCUGAAGAUAUUUCCGGUCCAGACUGUUACGCUUCGGCUUGUUCUGAUACCGGGCAGGAGGAACUGGAAAGUCAUCAGUCUCGCAGUGAUGGGGCCGAAUCUGAAACUUCGCCGGUACAGAGUGAUGGGGCCGAAUCUGAAACUUCGCCGGUACAGAGUGAUGGGGCCGAAUCUGAAACUUCGCCGGUACAGAGUGAUGGGGCCGAAUCUGAAACUUCGCCGGUACAGAAUGAUGGGGCCGAAUCUGAAACUUCGCCGGUACAGAAUGAUGGGGCCGAAUCUGAAACUUCGCCGGUACAGAAUGAUGGGGCCGAAUCUGAAACUUCGCCGGUACAGAAUGAUGGGGCCGAAUCUGAAACUUCGCCGGUACAGAAUGAUGGGGCCGAUGAUGGGGCCGAAUCUGAAACUUCGCCGGUACAGAAUGAUGGGGCCGAAUCUGAAACUUCGCCGGUACAGAAUGAUGGGGCCGAAUCUGAAACUUCGCCGGUACAGAAUGAUGGGGCCGAAUCUGAAACUUCGCCGGUACAGAGUGAUGGCGCCAAACUUGAAAAUUCACCGGUACAGACUGAAGAGCCAAGUACAGAAACGUGA